CGAAAAGCUAGUGAUUAAUAAAUCUUCAUCUAUCAACUAACACAAAUGAUGUUCAAUUUUGAGUACGAAACACAAAAAUUCAAUUAAAAUCAAAGCCUUACAUGAUGAUUACGUUUCAAACUAUUUAAUAAGCUAUUACAUGCCUAACACCUGCUCUGCCCACCCCGGCACGUAACAAUGUGCCCCGAUAUCAUUGAAUUUGAAAACAAAGCAAAAUGAAGUUUGAAUUUUUCAGUCAAUUCGUUUUCAUUUACUAACGCUGCCAGUCGUUUAUCAAGACUGUUUCGUAAAAUUGUUUUAAAUCUUUGACUUGCAUUGUGAAGUGAACUGUAUCGAAACUUUGUGAUAUUAAAAAGUGAGGGAACUUAUUAAAUAAAACACUAAAAACUCCUGUUGCAAAAGACUGAUUAUUUAACACAAAAAACCCCAUCUCAAUAACUCUGUCAACAGGCUAAAGAAAAAAUCGAAAGAUGCAAUAACGAAAACUAAUCAGAAAACCAGAAAAAAUGUGGCACCAACUCUGGAUUCCAGUUUUAAUCCCAACAUUAAUUAUAAAAUCGAACUGCAACGCGAAUAGGACAGACCCGGAUGUAUUUGUAAGGGGAGGUCAUGCAGAUGCCGAAUAUUUUAGACCUACGACAUCUGAAAAAGUUACAGAAGCUGAAACGGAAACGACAACUGUCAAAACAACUGUCAAAGUAACUAUAAGUACAGCUAAACCAACGACUACUGUCAAAUAUGAGGAUGAUGCCGAUGUCAUGUUUAUCCCUAAUAAACCUGAACAGGCUGCGAGAGAGAGAGAAAGGGAUAGAGAGAAAGAAAGAGAUGACGAUGAAGAUGAUAAGUAUGCUAAUCUAAGGAUCAAGGAUUUGAUGAUGAUGAAGUCUGUUAAUGAUGUGUUGAAUAAGAAUUUUCAUGUUGACAAACCUGAUCCACCCAACGAGGACAUAGUAUUCAUAACUGGCAAAAACCAUGAAAGAAACGACGAUGGGAAACGGAGUGAUGAUAAUAUCGUUGACUAUAUUGAUGACGAUAUGAUACAGCGUCCAAAAUUAAACUGUUCGGAUCUGGAUUGCAAUAACACUAUACACUCGGUAUGCGGAGCAAAAGUUGUGAACAGAGAGCUGAAGUAUCGGUUAUUUUUAAACGACUGUUACUUCAGGAAGGUUAACUGCGCUUUUAAGUAUGAGAUUAACCGAUAUAGACAAGUAACUGUCGACAGGUGUAAAACAAUCGGAGCUCAUUAUGUUGAGAAACCAUUUGCUUUCAAACCAAAAUCAUUUCCAAUGGAAAAGAAUGCGGCAAAGGGAGUUUUUCCAUCAAGGAGUUCGUCUUCUAGAAGGUCAAUGGCAAUGAAUUACAACGGUCAGUUCUGUUCUCACCCAUGCCCGGUGUCUUGCCCGGACGAGUACGAUCCCCAGUGCGCUGUAUCCGGGACCGGGCAGCGUCGGGUCUUCCUAAACCACUGCAAAUUGGAUUAUAACUCCUGUUUUUACGGCGUUGUUUGGCACAAGCGACCUCUAGCGGAGUGUAUAGGAGGCAAAAAGGCUGAUAUGAGGCAAAAUAGAGGCUUCAUAGGGUGGAUGCAGAGAGUAGGCAUCGUCGAUCGAAAAGGACGUCUUGUCUUAGAAUGAACAUCACAAUAUGAAGAAGACGAACAGAAAAGACGUGAGACGGAGAUGGGGCGGAGAUAAGUCGCAGUCAACACGGAUUUGAGACGAUGAUACUUUGCAAAUUUUUCAAAAAUAAUAUUGUGACUCUAGAUUUACAUUAUAAGCUAUCCUAUCUUUCAAGUUCAAAGUCUCUUUCAAUUCGGGAAAGUAGAUUAAGAGCCCAUCGCUGACAAACAACGUGACACGAAGGUAAUAUGUAUACCUAUAUUAUAAUAUGCAAACUGAGCAUCGCGACGCAAUUGACAGGAAAGGUAAGUUGCAAAAAAGACGCUGGCAAGUUUGUGUGUCUUCGUCUUACUUACGUCUUUUCUGAGUCUCUCAAAGACUAUUAAUUUUUCAUGAAUAGGUACAUAGUGAAGAAAAUGCUUUAAGAGUCAAUGAAAUAACUUCAUUUUUUCAAGCCUAAGGGUGACGUAAUAAAAGACCGCGAAAGUAAAAUAGAAUAGAAUAUAUUUUUUUUUUGUACACCAUGGAC